AUGGACAGAACCGGCGAGUUUAUGAAGGUUAUCCAGGCCACACUCAUUCCUCAACAGGGAAGGCCUUCUUCUUCGUCCCCAUACACAAAGGCAUUCGAGAUAGAGGCCACGGUGGAGAAAAUACUUUCCGAGGUGAGUAGAAUGCUGGAGAAUGGGAGAGUAUACGAGUCGUUUGCUCUGCAGUCAAAGAUAGAUAGGGCCCGGGAGCUGAUAAGAGAGAUGCAAGAGAUUUCUGGGCUGGAGAUAAGAUUCCAAAAUGACCAGGAGGCUUCUUCAUAUGCAAAUCUCGAUGGAAUAAUCAAAAACAAGGCGACACGACACCAUAUAAGAUUAAAGGAGCUUACCAGAAAAAAGAAUGCUCGGGCCCAGGCUGUGUCUGAGAGGAGAAAAGAGUUUGAUUCAGAGUGCUCGCAAGAGCAACAGAAUGCUGUGCUAAUGGAAAGCGAAGUGGUAACUGAGAGGAUCAAAGAGAGGCAGAAGAUAUCAAUGCAGAUCAGCGAGAUAGGUCAGAUCAUGGAAGAGAUAAGCAUGCACAUAUCUCUUCAGGAGGAAAGCUUCAGAAGAAUCGACGACCUCAUGGAGACCUCGGAAGGUCUUAUCUUCGGAGGCCUGGACCUUAUGAGGAAGACUUGGAAGAAUGUAUCUGGCACUCGCCCUGCAAUAAUCAAGUUCAUGGUGUUCUGGAUGGUGCUCGCACUGGUUUUUUGGAUGUUAAGAAGAUGA